AUGGUUGAAAAUGAUCAUAAAAGUGCGAUAAGCACAUUUUUUAGUGCAAAAUCGAUAUUUAUUACAGGUGGAACUGGAUUUAUUGGCAAACAAAUCAUUGAAAAAUUAUUAAGAUCAUGUUCAGCUCUAGAUCGUAUAUAUGUCUUAGUACGACCCAAACAUGGUAUUCAUGUUCAUCAACGAAUUGAACAGUUAUGUUCACUUCCUGCAAUACGUUUAUUAAUACCUAAUUUUAAAACAAAAAUCAUUCCUGUUCUUGGUGAUAUAACAAAAAACGAAUUCGAUUUAUCUAAUGAAGAUCAACAAUUAUUAAUUGAAAAUUGUCAAAUUGUAAUUAAUUCUGGUGCAUCAGUUCGCUUUACUGAACCAUUAAAACAAGCAAUUAAAUCCAAUCUGUAUUCUGUUCGUAAUAUGAUUAAUUUAUGUAAAAAAAUGCAACAAUUACAGUCAUUUGUUCAUAUUUCAACUGCUUAUAUACACCCUUAUCGUUUGGAUAUCGAUGAAGUUUUAUAUCCAAUGAAUGAAGAUCCAAAUCUCUUAUUGGAAUCAAUAGAAGGGUUUAGUGAGAAAAUGUUUGAUUAUUUAUCAAAAAAGUUAUUAAUAAACUAUCCAAAUACGUACACAUACACAAAAUCAUUAGCAGAAUAUCUUAUCUUACAGCAAGCAAAUCAAUUACCUAUUGGUGAAGAACUUUCUCAACUAAAUUUAAACAUUUUCUUUUCUUCAUUUUUCUUUAAAUUAGCUAUAAUUCGACCAUCGAUCGUUGGUGCAACAUGGAACGAACCAAUACCAGAAAGUUUUACGAAUUGA